AUGUUGGACCCCGACCUUUUAGAUCGGGCUGUCGGUCUCACCGCCGUGGUUGUGGUAGCCCUACUCACCAUUCCGGCACUUGUUUAUGUCUGCAGGACGAGUGCGCGUUUUGUAGAGGGUUAUGUUCAACUGAGUGGAGAUGAAGACGUCUAUCAAGAUCGCGAUGGUAUCGCCACCGAAAACUCGAUUAGGGCCUUCUCCGACACGCGACCCAAAGUCGCGACUUGGCUCGGGGCUCUCAUUGGCAUGGGAGCAUCCAUCGCGACAAGGGUCAUGGUGUUGAAAGGCGCCGAGCACACCAAUGUGCUUUCUGAGUUAACCGCCUGGACAGAGCCAGUGUGCUGGGAAGACACGGCCAUGCGGGUGUCAGGACUUCUUUACCUGCUCCAACUGGCCGCGGCUGUGGUUACUGCAUGCGGCUUUGCAGGCUUCUCACGCCGUCCCGACAUAUUCGAUAAGGCCGGGCUCGUGGAUCAACAGCAUACUCUUUCAUUGCUGUCCAAGUUCACCUACUCUUGGAAUCGGAACAUCUUCAAUGUUUCCAGGGAGCGGCAAAUGCAAGUUCAAGAUAUCCCCAACCUCGACUAUGUCACCCGAUCAAGGUAUCUCGAGUCCAAGUUUCUCGGCAAGGGCACUGCGGGCCCGCUCUGGAAACGGCUCAUCAAAGCCCAUGCUGGUGAACUCGCGCUGCAGUGGUUCUUGACCCUGGUCAUCGCCUGCCUCUCUCUGUUCCCGCAGGUCGUCCUGUACAACUUCCUGUCCAAGAUUGAGCGGAGUCAGCAGCACACGGCUGCAGAUCCUACUGUGUUCUUCUGGGUCUUUGGCCUGCUCCUUAGCCAGCUUAUCCAAGUCGGGGUCAACAAUUGGCUCAAGUGGAUCACUGCCAGCCGCCUUGAAAUCCCAGUAAGCUCGCUGCUGCAGUCCCUGGUUUUCUCCAAGGCCCUCAAGCUGUAUGAGACCGCCCCUCCGGGUCAGAACGUGGAUAAGGGCAGCGAUCCUGGCAGUCGAGGCAGCGCUGGAGAUGCCAACGGGGACAGUGCGGCCCGUCCCGGCAAAGCGAAGAAGAGCAAGGAGCCAGAAACCCGACAAUCCGUGAUCAACCACAUGAAGCUUGACAGCGGCCGUGUUACCAUCUUCUGCACCUACAACAAUAAUUUCCCAAUGGCGGUGUUCAAGCUUAUCCUCGCUGGAGGCUUUGCCGUCAGUUUGAUGGGUUGGUUGCCCGUCAUAUGCGGGUUGGGUGCCGGCUCCCUGAUGGUGCCGCUGAGCUCAAUGCUGUCGAGGAGGUACACAGCCUUGCACUUCGGCUUGAUGAAGUACCGCGACGGCAAGGCCCAUCUAUUAACGGAAGCCUUGCAAGGCAUGCGCCAGAUCAGGUACUCGGCUCUUGAGCAACAUUGGGAGAGCAAGAUCUUGGCCUCUCGCAACGAGGAGCUCAGACAGUAUUGGAAGGUUGCCCUCUGGCAGUGCCUGGUGGUCUUCAUGGUCAACCUUGGUCCGCUGCUGUUGGCGAGCGUCACUUUCUGCAUCUACGUCUGGCAGAACGGCACACACAUCCGGGCUUCCAUCAUCUUCACAUCGCUCGGUCUAUUUGACCAACUCGACGAGGCCAUUUCUCUGCUGCCGCUCCUGCAAAUGUAUCUGCUUGAGGCGUGGACCAGCGCCGUGAGGCUGGAGAAGUAUUUCAAGCAGUCAGACAAGGCACCCGUGUCGGAGCCGGGAGAGAUGAUCGCCUUCGACAAUGCCACCGUGGCAUGGCCGAGGGUCGAGGAUACCGACAUCCCCGAAGGGGGAGCAGAAGAACAGCGGGAAGCCCACUCGAUCCUUAAAGACGCCACCCUCGAUUUCCCCAUCGGCAAGCUCAGCGUUAUUUCGGGGAAGACGGGCUCGGGCAAGAGCCUCUUGCUCGCAGCCCUCCUCGGAGAGGUCAAGCUCUUGUCAGGGGCAGUUCGCCUUCCGCCUGUGCCCAAGUUCGACGACAGCGCGGAAUAUAUCUCCGAAGAGGACUGGGUGGUCCCCCAGCUAACCGCCUUUGUCUCCCAGACACCUUGGGUGGAGGGUGGUACUGUCAGGGAGAACGUAACCUUCGGUCUUCCUUUCGUUGAAGGUCGUUAUCGCAAGGUUCUCACAGCCUGCGCUCUCGAGAAAGACAUUGAGCUUCUGGUGGACGGCGACGAGACGGAAGUUGGCCCUAAGGGCGUCACUCUCUCGGGCGGUCAGCGAUGGCGUGUUGCCCUCGCUCGGGCUCUCUAUUCCCGUGCCGGCAUUCUCGUGCUCGACGAUGUCCUCAGCGCGGUAGACGCUCACGUCGGUAAGCUGAUCGUCGACGAAGCGCUCACCGGCGGGCUUGCUCGGGGAAGGACUCGAAUUCUAGCCACGCACCACGCUGAGCUGGUACUGCCUCACGCGAGCUAUCUGGUCCGCCUCCGCAGCGGCGAGGUCGAGUCAGCCGAGUCUCUUUCACCCUCCGAUGUGGAAUAUGCCGUGCCCGGGGAACCGGAGCAGGGGGCUCCGUCCGCAUCACCCGAAGAUGCCCAUAGCGGCGAGAACGGCCACAGCCGCCACCCCGCUUCAGCCGAGCCGAAGAAGUCCAAGAAGACGGAGGAACAGAGGGAAACUGGUCGCGUCAAGUGGGAUGUGUACAAGGCUUAUUAUAAAGCGAGCGGCGGUGUGCUCCCUUGGUUUAUCGGCGUCUCCAUCCUCCUCUUCGGCCACUUCUUGACCGUUGCCCGGAAUUGGAGUCUGAAGGAGCUUUCACAGCAGGCAGCGUCUGAGGCGGUCCCUCUCAAGUCGCUAACCUCGCAAAUCGUCACCUCCUUGCACUACACCGGCGACUUUGUCUCGCAGAAGGCCUCGAGGACCGAGCGCGGUAUCUUCUUCUGGCUGGGCGCCUACAUCGUCAUCGAAUUUGCUAUGCUCCUAACCCAGAUCGUCAGGGUCAUUAUCUUCUUUUUUGUCGGUUUGACCGCAUCCAAGGUCCUCUUCCAGCGCAUGACGCAUGCUAUUCUCAGAGCGCCACUACGCUGGAUCGACACGGUUCCGGCCGGGCGCAUCCUCAACCGCUUCACCUCCGACACGUUCGUGGUUGACAGGCGUCUCUCCAGCCAGACGUUCACCUUCAUCCGGAACAUCUUGUUUCUAGUUGUCAUUAUCGCCACCAGUCUGUCGGUGUCGGCGUACGUCAUAUUCUUCGGCAUCCUCCUCUUCGUCCUGUAUGUGCGAGUUGCGCGUGAGUACAUCACGACUGCUCGGGAGGUGAAGCGGAUCAAUUCAGUUUCGCACUCGCCGAUCUACGACCAGUUCAGCUCUGUCCUCUCGGGCCUUUCCACCAUUCGCGCGUUCGACCGUACCAAGUACUACAUGGACCGCAUGUACGGUCUCAUCGACAACAGCUCGAAGGCGACCUGGAUGCUGGAGUUGUCCACCCGCUGGAUGGCUUUCCGGAUGGGCGUGCUCGGCGCCCUGUUCGUCAGCGUUGUCGCCAACGCCGUCGCCUUCAGCCGUGUCGACGCCGCCUUGGCUGGCUUCAGCUUGGCCUUUGCCUUGCGAUACACCAGUGCCUUGACGUCCCUUCUCCAGUCCAUGACCUCGGUGGAGCUGGGAUUCAACGCCUGCGAGCGGGUGCUGGAAUAUGCCGAGAUCGAGACCGAGCCCGAGGGCGGGAAGGAUGCCCCCGCCGCGUGGCCCGCCGAAGGGAAGAUCGAGGUUGAAAACUUGACAAUCCGCUACGCUGACGAUCUCCCGCCGGUCCUGAAGAAUCUCAACUUUACCGUCGGCGCUGGUGAGCGAAUCGGCAUUGUUGGGCGGACGGGUGCGGGGAAGUCGACACUUGCUGCGGUUUUCUUUCGUCUACUUGACCCUGUCGAGGGUUCGGUCCAUGUGGACAACAUCGAUAUCUCGACCCUGAAGUUGUCUCAGUUGCGGAGUCGUCUUGCCAUUAUCCCGCAAGAUCCGUUUCUCUUCUCGGGCACACUGCGCUCGAACCUCGAUAUGGAGAGCACCCUAGACGACCACGAACUGAUUGAAUCGCUGAAGCGUGUGCACCUGAUCGAGGCGGACGAGGACAACGAGAGCCCAGCUAUCGCAGAUGCGCCUGCCGAUACUGCUGCUGCUGCAAGCGUCUCAACAUCAGCCGUCCUACCGGCCGUAGACUCCGAGACUACGACGCAAGCAUCGACAGCGUUCGAGCCCGAACCCACCCUGAUCGAUCCCCAGCCAGAGACGCAGCCCGCCCAAGACAACAACAACAACAACACCAACUCCAACAUCUUCACCAACCUCUCCACGCCCGUCAGCACCGGCGGCGCCAACCUCUCCCAGGGCCAGCGCCAGCUCGUCUGCCUCGCCCGCGCCCUGCUCAAGCGGCCCAAGAUCGUCGUGCUGGACGAGGCCACGAGCGCGGUCGACCGCGGCACCGACAGCAACAUCCAGGAGUCCCUGCGCAAGGAGUUUGCCGCCGCCGGGUGCACGGUGCUGGUUAUCGCCCACCGCCUGUCCACGGUCGCCGACUUUGACCGCGUGCUGGUGCUGGAGAAGGGCCGCGUCGCCGAGAUGGGCACGCCCAGGGAGCUUCUGUUGGCUGGUAUGAGACGGGCGGCGGAGAAGGCGGCCAAGGGUGUGCAGGAUGGUGAUGUGGAGCGGGAGGAGGCUGAUGCGAGCACCCUGCAGAGUCGGGAUGGUGAGGAUGAUGAGGUUGAUGGCACGGGGGCGUUCUGGGAGUUGGUGCAGAAGAGUGCGGAGAAGGAGAAGCUGCUGGAUAUGGUCCUGGGCGGGGAGAGGGAUGGGUUGGUGGAUCUCGUGCAGGGCGGUAGUGCGGGGAAGCCGGAGUAG